AUUACAAUCAAAGCUGUAGGAUUAUCGUCUGUUCGAUGUUUAUGUUUUGAAUCGAAAUUUGAUUUGUAAUUUUUUUCGUAGAGAGUUUGAUUUCUCUUAUUUGUUUGAGUGGAAACCACAAUCUGCGGAAGAAAAUGGAUAUGGAGGAGAGAAUCUCCACCUCUACCAAAAAGAAGAUGGAUUUGGAGGGUUUAUCAGUAAUCUGCAGCGAUCUCGGUGUUCCCGAGGAAGACGACGAUAUGAGAAGAAUUGGGUACACCAAAAGUGACUACUGUCUAGAUAAUCUGAAAGACUUGCUGAGAUUUUUGAGACGCGAUGAUCCUCAGAGCAGAGAAGUUUUCAAGCAGGUCUGUGCGUGGAAUAUAGUCUCGAAAGAUUUGAUUCCGAUCAUUGAGCAUUACCAAGAUGAGCAAAACUUAGUUUUGAAUGCAGUUAAGGUGCUGGUGUUUCUCACCAUGCCUGUAGAGCCUGAUUCUGAUGAUAUUCCUCAGCAGAUUGAGUAUCUGUGGGGAUUGAAAUCUGCCAUUACUUUCAGCAACAUUGUUGCAGUGAUUGUGUCUUUGCUAGAAACCCCUCUCGAGAACUUAGAAUCAGAUGAGUUCAACGAGGAAGAUUGGAAACUGGUUCAGCUUGUGCUCACUCUGUUCAGGAACUUACUGGCUAUCCAUGAUAUCUCGCCGCUUCAAAAGGCUGGAGAAUCCACUUGUUACUUACUGUCGCUGAGGGAUCAGUUUCUUGAACUCCUCUCCUGUGAAAACGUGAUGGACAUUUUUCUAGUAAUCACUCAGGCUAUCGAGGGCUUCAACAGUUUGUUGAGACAUGACAACUUGCUUCUGCUAGAGAUUUAUCACUACAUUCUCUUGGGUCAAGACAUGGAGCUCAUUGCAAAGGCACCUGAGAAGUUGGGUCAAGGAAUAAAGGCUUCUGUAGAUAGUUUGAAGAAAUUAAUGGAGGAAGAGGAAGCCAAAAGAAAGCUUGCAAGACUCAACAAAGCGAAUCAGCGUCAUUCACAAUUUGGUGGGACAUUCACCCGUGUUACCAUGGGUGGUACUAAAGCUGUACUGAAGGGAAUACCUUCUGCUAAGGAGAGCACAAUACUAAAUCCUCACAAAGGUCGUGGAGCCACAGAAAAGAUUGUCUGGGAACAUGGACCAAUGUCCGUGACAAAUGACAAUGUUUUGAAGUUGCUGCAUGAUUUCAUCAAUCAGUUUAUGUCAGGAGGAUAUAAUGUUUUGAUGCAGUCGGUAUGUGAAGAUAUAGAAAAGGAGCAUCCCUCCAUUCAAAAUAGCGACAUUGUUACUUUCUUCCAGGUUGCUCAGGCAGUCACCUCUUUUCAGUUUCACAAGUCUUCGGCUUCUAACCCAGCAACAGGAACAGAAGAAACUUCUGAAAUUUCUACCGAUGAGAAUGCCGGAGGAAACUUUUCUAAGAUUGACAUUUGUGCGCCCAUUGCAGCAACAAUUAAUGACAGAAUGUUUUCGCUUGUCAUUUCAAAAUGGCGCUUUGCUUUUGAUGGUCUGAAGGAAACUAAAGAUUUUAAGUUUCUAUCUGCAGCAGGCUCUCUUGUGAAAACUAUGCUUUGUUUGUUAGAUCUGGUACUUCGAUUGGUACCUGAAGACUCUAGAGAAGCUUUCACUGUCCGCAUCUUGCUUUAUAAGUUGUUUUACGACCAAACUGAUCAAGGGAUGUGUCAGUUCAUCCUGAAUCUGGUGAGAAGUUUUGACACGCACAAGCAACCCAAAAGUGAGCUUGGAGAUCUGGUGGAAAGCAUCCAUGUAAUAGUAGGCCUUAUGGAAAACCUUCAAGGGCGUGGAACUUUGAGGGUUUCAAAAAAGUCAAGAAAAGCAAGAAAGAAAAAGCCCAGGCGAAAUAAGCAGACCACUGUGCAUGACCUGUCUGAAAAUCUUCCAAGUACAUCAAACGAAGCUGGCAUCGCAAAAAGCAUACCGAUGGUUGAUCCAACAGUUUCUACUGAGGAUGGACCAAUCGACCUAGGGACUGAAGCCGAUGAUACUCCACAAACGCACAGCCCUAAAUCAAAUCAUGUGGUCGACGAUAUGUCUUGCGGCACUGACGAUUCUUCUGAUGGCGAAGAGCAAACUGCAACAGAUGAAGUUGAUUUUAAGGUUUCGACAUUUAUUUCUGCUUUUGCAAGCAACAGCAUCAUUCAAAACAUAUGCUGGUUGCUAAAGUUUUACAAAAGCAACCCAAGACAGACGAAUCACCACAUAGUUAGCAUUUUGCGGAGGAUUACAGAAGACUUGGAACUAUCUCCCAUGUUGUAUCAGCUGUCGCUGUUAAUAACAUUCCAUAUGAUCCUUGAUGAGCAGAAAGAUUGUCCUUGUAAAGACUAUGAAAACAUAGUUACCUUCCUGACAGAUCUGGUUAGACAUAUGUUGAAGAAAAUGAAGUCCCAACCUCUUCUCUUUGUGGAAAUUCUUUUCUCAAAGAGUCGCAAAGAAUGCCAUUACAUAAAUGCGGAAUAUAUGUUGCAUGAGCUUGGCCAUCUAAGAAAAAAAAUAGGAAAUCAAGAAAAAGUCUCAGGAACUGAGGAACAUGUUUCGCCGUCGGACAAAGGAUGGACCCACAGAAACUUAGCAGAUGCUCUAGGUGAUGAUGAAGCUGAUGUUGUGAUAUCUUAUGAUCAAGGAUUUCAAAAAUUUCAAAAUGAGGACGAUCACAUUGUGGAAAAUGAAACUGCAGGACCAUCUAAAAGAAAGCGAAGACUUAUUCUUGAUUCUGAUAUGGAGAUAAAAAUUGAAGAGCUAUAUGAAAGGUUCAAAGAUGAUAAGAAUUGCAGCCGGCUUAUUGCCGAAAAUUUGGAUCCUGAAGGUGGAAUUUCUGCUGCACAAGUAACCAACAAGCUUAAACAGCUAGGUCUAGAAACAAGGAAAAGACCUCGGCGUGGUGAUAACUCUCUGGAAGAAAAUGGAAAUGAUGAUCCAGAUCACCUAGAGGCAGCAUCAGACCAGCAACCUUCAAACACCAGAAAAAGAGCGAGUCCCUUUAGCAAAGAACAAGAAACACUUAUUAAGGAGCUAUACGAGAAAUUCAAGGACCAGAGACGAUGCUGUUAUAUGAUUGCCAUUGAAUUGGGAUCUGAGAAUACUUAUACCACUGCUCAAGUUUCACGUAAAUUAAAGCAACUUGGUCUUCGUCUCCCUCGUGGUAAGAAGUCAGAAGCUGGCAUGAUGCUGAAAGAUGACCAUGAUGAUUCUUCAGCAGAUGAAUCUGACAACGAAACGAUAGCAGCAUUCAAAAAAAGGAAGAGCAGACAAACUCGAAAGAUUGAGAAGCAGGCAAGAUCAAGCAAUGAGAUUACUCCAGAAGGUUAUGAAGACAACACAGAAAGGAAUGAAACUAGUCGAUAUAUGUCUAGCAAUGGCAAAGAUGAGGAGAAUGAUCAAACAGAUGUUCGCAUCAGCGAGAAUGCUGCUUCUACUCCAUCUCAAGAAGAUCCAAAUGUUUUCUCAGAUCACGAACUGGAGGAUGAUGAGCUGGCAGACUCCGGUGAUGACACCGCACCUAUAUCUGUGUCCCUUACUCAAAGCCCGCUUAGCAGAAGGAAAAUGAAGAUGGUACUUGAUGUGGACGAUUAAAGACAGCGGGCUAAAACUCUUUUAAAAUUUUGAUAUUUUCCCUUAAAUAAUUUGUGUAAAUUAUUGUAGUUUUUCUUUCAAUGUUUUUCAGAUGUACUUUAGACAAACCAUUAGGUAAGUCUUAUUUUUAAGAAAUUCUCGAGAAAUUUACAAGGAGAAUAAAUAGAAAACCUUUUAACAAACACUAAGGUGCAUUUAAAAAUUUAACAUGAAAACAUCUAAUAUAAAAC